AGGCCACCUCGGUACUGGGUCUGUAGACUCGAGGGUCUCUCAGCUUCAGGGUGGGCUGGUGUCCCUGGGAAGCAUCGGGCUUGGCCGCCCUGCGCAUCCAUUUCGCUGGCAUCACCAAUCUGAGAUGCGUUGCACCACAUCCUUGUUCCUGGGUGUGGACCCUCAGUGUAAGCCUUCGGGGUUCAAGGACUGGCUAGGACUCCGCCCCCACCGCAGCUCGCCCCUUGCCCCGCCCCGCCUGCGCACACUCGGCAGUCUUCGCACCCGGCACUCGGCGGCGCUCGGCUGUCUCCGGCCGCUCGCUCGGCGUUCGGGUCCGCGGCCGCUGCGGCGCCGGGCAUUUCUCCGCAGCUCGGCUCGCGGCCGCGCCCGCCGCCGCCCGGCCCCGCGCCCAUGCAGGCCAUCAAGUGUGUGGUGGUCGGCGAUGGUGCCGUGGGGAAGACGUGCUUGCUGAUCAGCUACACGACCAACGCCUUCCCGGGAGAGUAUAUCCCUACAGUUUUCGACAACUACUCAGCCAACGUGAUGGUGGAUGGGAAGCCAGUCAACCUGGGGCUGUGGGACACUGCUGGCCAGGAAGACUACGACAGGCUUCGGCCCCUCUCCUACCCUCAAACCGUAGGUGGCAGGAGAGCCAGCUCUGGGGUUGGGUGGUUCCUGUGUGGGGAGGAGGCACAGACUGCUUGGACACCCUUCGGUCAGUUCUGUCUGUCCCUCCCCCUGAAGGAUGUCUUUCUGAUCUGCUUCUCCCUGGUGAGCCCGGCCUCCUUUGAGAACGUCCGAGCCAAGUGGUACCCAGAGGUGCGGCACCACUGCCCCCACACACCCAUCCUUCUGGUGGGCACCAAGCUGGACCUCCGUGAUGACAAGGACACCAUUGAACGGCUGCGGGACAAGAAGCUGGCACCCAUCACCUACCCACAAGGCCUGGCCAUGGCCCGCGAGAUCGGUUCUGUCAAGUACCUGGAGUGCUCAGCCCUGACCCAGAGAGGUCUGAAGACAGUGUUUGAUGAGGCCAUCAGGGCAGUGCUCUGCCCACCUCCAGUGAAAAAGCCAGGCAAGAAGUGCACUGUCUUCUAGAGCCGUCUGACCAGCCCGGCUGAGGAGCCCUGGCUCCAGUGUGCCCUCGUGUUGAGCUGUCUGGUGCCCCAAGCCUGCUGUGGGAAGUGGUGUGGGUGGGGAGGGAAGCAUGGGGACGAGGCUGGGGUGAUGGGGCCCUGUCCCCUAUACCGCCUUUUUCUGGCAUAGAGCUCCAGCCUUCCCUGGUCCCUAUGGGAGGCCAGCAGGGAGCAGGGUCUCCCUCAGGGCUGCGGGGGUGGGUUCAGGGAAGCCCCAGGAUG